AUGAGUGCUUGUAAGCCUGCAAACACUCCGGUGGAUACUAAGUCUAAGCUUAGUGGUGAUAACGGUGCUCCCUUUGAUGAUCCGUCUUUAUACCAUCAGUUAGCAGGGGCUCUGCAGUAUCUUACCUUUACAAGACCAGAUAUAUCAUAUGCUGUUCAACAGGUGUGUUUGUUCAUGCAUGAUCCUCGCGUCCCGCACUACAAUUCUUUGAAACGGGUACUUCGUUACUUACAAGGUACACUUGAUUAUGGUAUGCAUUUAUCUGCCACUCCUUCUUCUGGUCUCAUUUCUUAUUCUGAUGCUGAUUGGGGUGGUUGUCCCGAUACCAAACGUUCGACGUCUGGUUAUUGUGUGUUUCUUGGUGAUAAUCUUAUAUCUUGGUCGUCUAAACGACAAGCCACAUUGUCCCGAUCGAGUGCAGAGGCUGAGUACAGAGGUGUGGCGAAUGUUGUUGCUGAAACAACAUGGUUACGUAAUCUUCUCUUGGAAUUACAUCGUCCAUUACGAUCUGCUAUGAUUGUAUAUUGUGACAAUAUCAGUGCUGUUUACAUGUCCCAUAAUCCGGUUCAUCAUCAACGGACUAAGCAUAUUGAGAUUGAUAUUCAUUUUGUCCGCAAGAAGGUUUCUCUUGGUGAUGUACGUGUUCUACAUGUUCCUUCCGCGUUUCAGUAUGCGGACAUUUUCACAAAGGGUCUUCCGACACCUUUGUUUGUGGAUUUUCGUCACAGUUUGACCAUCCGUCCUCCUCCUGCUCCAACCGAGGGGGUAGAUUUGCUUGAAGUUGUGACAUUUGCACCGCCGCCUGCUGUUCAUGCCUUCAUUCUGGUAUGA